GAUGGUCACGAUAUGUCCAGCAGCGAAGCGUUCAGCGUCAUGGAGGCGUUGCCCCGUGACGUCACCUACGCUAGCAUCGUUCUGCAUGGGUUCGAUGACAUGGAGGAGGUGCCCGAGAACGUCUUUCGCGGCCUGCACUUUGAUCACGGUUCGUUGAUGAUUGAUACAAGUCAUCACCACGGGGUGGCGCCAGUGCUGCACCCUGCCUCUUUCGCUGACAUUGAUGACUUGGACGAACUCCUGCUUUGCUAUAUGAAGCUGACUGCCGUGCCAGCAGUCAUCUUCCCUUCCAUCCAAGACAGCGUCGUGACAUUGAACCUAGCCGGCAACGCGAUCACUAUGCUACUUCAGGGAGCCUUCGCGGCGCACGGUCACCUCCUGCACCUCAUCCUUGCUGAGAACAACCUGAAGUACAUCAACGAGUGGGCGUUCACUGGCAUGCCUGAACUGCAUGCUCUCGACCUGACCUCUGCCGGUAUCGACUACCUACAUCCGGGAACCUUCAGAGACGCCUGGCAUCUGGAGAUCUUGAAACUUGCCGGCAACAGGCUUGUGUCACUGCAACCGGGCGUGUUCGCUGGACUUCACAACGUUGAACACCUAGACUUCAGUGGCAGCCAGAUUGCUUGGGUGGGACCAGGCGCCUUUGAUGAUACCGAGGGCAUCCUGAGGGUGGAUUUGCCCGGCCAGCAGAUCUACUGGAUUGGAGAAGACGCUUUCAGAGGGCUGAGAGAGAUCGAGGAACUCAACCUGUCUGACAACCAUCUCAACACCCUCACUGAAGAGGCGUUUGAUGAGCACGUGCUUCAUCACCAUGGCCACCACCACGGUCACAUACAUCUAGAUAUCACGGGUAACCCGAUCAACUGUGUCUGCAACAUCAACUAUCUGCUAGCCCAUCCAUUCUCCACCAGCGGAACGUGCAGCGCUCCACAAAACAGGAUUGGCACUUCACUGAGCGACCUCACCAACACUGUACUCGACUGCCCUUAAAGAGCAGACGUCGGCAGGUGGCGCUGAAGACGCUGCAUCACUGACCAUCGUGGAUUCAUUUAAAUUGCACUGUUACGUCACUUGUUUGUGUUUGUUGUGAGAUUAUUAAUAUUUAUUAUUUACAUAUAUAUUUACUAAUAAUAACUAUUGUUGUUGUUGUUCGUUGUGAUGCGUAAAAAUGGUGUCGAUAUUACCGAUAUUAAAACAGCGUGAUAUUAUAUUGACACAAA